GUAGGAGAGAAAUGUGAGGCGGGAAUAUAAAGAGAGAGAGAGCGAGAAAGGGUGAAGGACAUUCCUUUAUGAAAUACGAGGACAGUGCAGUUAAAGGAGGAAUUUGUGCUGUUGGACUUCCUGGUGUGAAACACACGUUACCAGAGGUGAAAGGUCGAGGGUCAGAGAGCGGAAAUGUCACUGAAGCCUCUUCUCCUCAUCCUGGGAAUCACCGCAGCCACUGUUGUUACCGCUCAAGAGUCAUGGAGAAGGGACAACAGAAAACCUGGUCCCUCUGUCUACCACUCUGAAGAAAACUACGAGUGGACCACAUGGUUCAAUGUCGAUCACCCCGGAGGUCGUGGAGAUUAUGAGCAGCUGGACGCCAUCCGCUUCUAUUACCGCGCCCGAGUGUGUCAGACACCACGGGCAAUUGAGGCCAGAACCACGGAAUGGGUUCCCGCUCGUGAGACUGGGGAGAAAGUCCAUGCGGACCCCACUGUGGGUUUCUGGUGCCUGAAUGAGGAACAAGGCCCCGAACGUAACUGCUCCAACUACGCAGUCCGCUUCCUCUGUCCCAAAGCUAUAUUAGAUUUCAGUAUGAACAUCCAGGGCACCUGGGGCACCUGGUCAGACUGGGAGCCAUGCUCUGCUGCCUGCGAUCAAGUGGGGAUCCAACUUCGUUCCAGAAACUGCAUUUCUCUCUCUGUGCCUUGCGUUGGGCCUAAAGUAGAAGAGAGAACAUGCAAUGGACCCGAGUGCCCACAGACAGAUUGUUCCCUACGUUGUGUGAUUGGGAGGGCGAAUGCCGAGUGUGACGCCUGCCUGUGCGAAGAGCACGUCCUGUUGGGUUCCGUACGCGGAGCGGGAGGUCUCACUGCUGAAGGAGCCACCAUCACUCGCCACGGCAAACUCCUCACCCUGACUGACCACAACGGACACUUACGCAUCCCCGGCAUCUGCCCCGAUGGCAACACCACACUGACCAUCAGCCUGCAGGGUCACGCCACCCUGAGCGUUGUUGUGCCACAGAGUACUGAACGCACAUCGGUCGUAAGUGUCCAGCUGAAAAGAACAGAGAAACUUCAUGUGUUGAGCAACCCUGAGAGCAAGGCCAGGAGGGAGGGUCAAACCACCGCCUUCUGCUGCAAAGUGACAGGAACACCUCAGCCAGACAAAUACCAAUGGUUUCACAACAACAGUCUCCUGGAGAAGCAGACGGACAACACCUUGGUCCUAAAAGACCUGCAUCCUGAACAGGCAGGGGAAUACUACUGCAGAGCGAGUGGUCCAUCUGGAGCCAUUAAGACCAAGCCAGCAACACUUAAAAUCAUAGGUAGAAAUGAGCACUCGUGUAACCCCAACCCGGACUCCCACCACAUCCGCCUUCCACAUGACUGCUACCAAAACAGCACAGACUCAUUCUACUAUGAUGUGGGCAAGUGCCCUUCAAGUACAUGUGCUGGACAGCUGGACAAUGGUAUCAGGUGCAAGGACAAAUUGUCGUACUGCUGUGGUGUGGAAAAGAUGGAGAAAAGACAGCUAACAUGCCAGGGCUACCAACUUCCCAUUAUGGUGGUGAUAACGUGUGGUUGCCAGAAAUGUGUGGACACCAAAGCUAUUGUGUAUGGCAGGGCCAUUGCUGCAGAUAAUGAUGAGCCAAUGAGGUUUGGUCAUAUCUUUAUGAAUGGAGUAAGAAUCAGCCGCACAGGCUACAAAGGUACCUUCUCUGUUCAGGUCCCUCCAGACACAGAAAGGCUAGUCCUCACUUUUGUGGACAACAUGCAGAAAUUUGUCGACACCACAAAGGUUCUUCCAUUUAACACCAAAGGAGGGGCGGUUUACCAUGAGAUCAAACUUCUCAGAAAGAAAGUACCCGUCACCAUCAGCUCCACAGACACCAACAUGCUAGAGCUUGGAGAGGUGGAGGGUGAGGAGGCAAUGGUUCAGAUCCAGAUCCCUCCCAAUUCUUUUUAUAAAGAGAAUGGAGAAGUCUUCACGGGUAAUGUCAAUGCUAGUGUAACAUUUCUUGACCCAAGAGACGUCUCCACAGCUGCUGCAGCUCAAAGUGAUCUAAAUUUUAUAGGAGAUGAAGGAGAUACCCUGCCACUGAGAACCUAUGGUAUGUUCUCAGUUGACUUCAGGAGUGAGGAAAACAAUGAGCCCCUGAAUGCAGGUGAAGUGAAAGUGUUCCUGGAUUCUGCUCAGGUUAAAAUGCCUGAACACCUCAACACCAUGAAGCUCUGGUCAUUGAACCCUUAUACUGGCCUUUGGGAGGAGGAGGGAAGUCUACAGGUGGAGAAAAAAAGAAGAGGCAAAAGAGAGGAAAGAACCUUUCUGAUUGGUAACAUGGAGAUCAGAGAGAGACGGUUGUUCAACCUGGACGUUCCAGAGAACCGCAGAUGUUACGUGAAAGUAAGGGCCUUCCGUAGUGAACGCUUCAUGCCCAGUGAGCAGGUGGAAGGAGUCGUAGUGAGUCUCAUAAACAUGGAGCCCUCAGCUGGCUACUCCACAAACCCACGUGCCUGGGGACGAUUUGACAGCGUCAUCACUGGGUCCAAUGGCGCCUGUCUUCCUGCUUUCUGUGACGAACAAAAAGCUGAUGCAUACUCUGCAUAUGUCAUGGCCAACCUUGGAGGGGAAGAGUUGGAGGCAGUCCAGUCUUCUCCCAAGCUCAAUCCUAAUCUCAUUGGAGUGCCGCAACCAUACCUGGGGAAACUGAACUACAAGCGAACAGAUCAUGAAGACCAGAGAGUAAAGAAAACAGCAUUCAGCAUCAAUGUGGCAAAGCCAAGCCCCAAUACAGCCGAAGAAAGCAAUGGACCAGUGUACCCAUUUGAGAGAUUGAAAGACUGUGAGGAGGCCCCAUUCAGCGCAGCACACUUUCGUUUCUCGAGAGUGGAAGGAGACCGCUACGAUUACAACACAGUGCCAUUCAAUGAAGAUGACCCAAUGAGCUGGACAGAGGACUACCUAAGCUGGUGGCCCAAGCCCAUGGAAUACCGGGCCUGCUACAUUAAAGUCAAAAUCAGCAGUCCACAUGAAAUCAAUGUGCGUUCCCACAACAUGGGUGGCACCCAUCCCAAGACAGUGGGCCAGUUGUAUGGCCUCCGUGACACCCGCAGCAUCCGUGACAUGGACCAGGCAACUGUCUCAGCCGUUUGCCUCGAGUUCAAAUGUAGUGGGAUGCUGUACGAUCAAGAGCGUGUUGAUCGUACCCUGGUGAAGGUGAUUCCACAGGGAAGCUGUAAGAGAGACCAAGUCAACACAAUGCUUCAGGAGUAUCUGGUCAACCACUUGCCUCUGGCCGUCAACAAUGACACCAACGAGUUCACCAUGCUAGCACCUCUGGACCCCCUGGGCCACAACUAUGGGAUUUACACAGUGACAGACCAGGAUCCGCGCACAGCUAAAGAGAUAGCACUUGGACGGUGCUUUGACGGCACCUCUGAUGGUACAUCUCGUGUCAUGAAGAGCAACGAGGGUGUGGCGCUGGCCUUCACCUGUGGAGAUCGUGAGGUGACACGACAGAGCGUCUUCCAGGCUCUGCAGAAUCCCCAAGGUCAGACGGUGACCAGCGUAGUGAGAGGAGAAGGCAGGCAGAACCGACGCCGGCAGAGGGCCAACGCACUACGCAACAGUCGCAGACGUAGCACCAGAAAUCCCACGGGAAAACGCAAAGAAACCAAAAACUGACUACAAAUGCUCAACAUGGAGACAAAAUAAUUUUACAAUGGCACAACUUGAUAGCGUGAACCUUAUACAAUUAUGUACCGACUUUUUUUCUAGGUGAAUAUGUAACUAAACAAAACUAGGCCUGUUUCUCGCAACUUCUUCCCAAAGUGGUGUUGCCAUUAUUACACAUUUUGUACUGUAUUGUGGUUAAUAUUUACUUGAAACUGUAAAUAGAGUAUUUAUUACACAUGCCUUAAAAAACCGUGAACAUGA